AUGAAAGAGGCGCCUUUUUCUUGAUCCCGCUCUCAAACGGCAACCAUGUUUCUUUAAAUUAUAAAUAAAAUUGAUGGCGGCGCUAGCCCAACAAACCAAACCCAAUUUCUUGCUGUCGCGCUUUAAAGCCUUUCUUGUCUUUCAGAAAUUUAAUCACAACACGUAUUCUAAAGACAAACUUCGGGAACAGCACUCUGCUAAUAUGGGUUCUGGGUCUGUGGUUGAUGCUGGUGAAAUUGACUUCUCAAAGUGGAGGAAGCUUUACUCAAGGGACUUUGGGAUAAGUAACUCCUUGAUACCAGCAUAUGCAUGGACGGUUCUGAAGAGUCUCCAAAGUGGAGGGUUUGAAGCUUACUUGGUUGGUGGAUGUGUCAGAGAUCUAAUUCUCAAUAAAAUACCAAAAGAUUUUGAUGUAAUCACAACUGCAAGGCUUCCGCAGAUAAAAAGGCGUUUUCAUCGUGCAAUAAUUGUUGGACGACGGUUUCCAAUAUGUAGAGUACAUGUCAAUGGUUCUAUUGUGGAGGUAUCAAGUUUUGAUACUGGGGCAAAACCAACCGGAGCAAGUGAGAAACUUUCUGUUCCUAAAAUGCCAAAGAAAUUUCAUCAGAAGGAUUUCAUUCUCUGGAAGGAUUCCAUGCACCGAGACUUCACUGUUAACAGUUUGUUUUUUGAUCCGUCCGUGAAUACAAUCUAUGAUUAUGCCGAUGCAAUAGUGGACUUAAAAUCUUUACAGUUAAGGACUUUGGUACCAGCACACUUGUCAUUUGAAGAGGAUUGUGCAAGGAUCUUGCGUGGCUUGAGACUGGCUGCUCGCCUCAAGUUGUCCUUUUCAAAGGAGAUUGAAAUUGCUAUGCACAAACUCUCACCGUCCAUAAUGAUAUUGAACAAGUCUAGAUUAAUGAUGGAAGUCAACUAUAUGCUGUCUUAUGGAGCUGCAGAGCCUUCUCUUUCUUUACUUCAGAGAUACAGCAUCCUUGAAAUGCUGCUACCAUUUCAUGCAGCACACCUUGCUCAACAGUCUAACAAACAGUUGAGUGAAAGUUCUGUUAUGUUGAUGAACCUAUUUUCCAGUUUGGAUCAACUAGUUACCUGUGAUCGACCUUCUCAUGAUAGUUUGUGGGUUGCACUCUUGGCAUUUCAUCUAGCACUAAUCACUGAUCCUCAAGGGGCAUUUGUCGUCCUGACUUUUGCUUCUGUGUUGUACCAUGGAAAUUGGAAGGAAGGUGUUAACUUUGCUAGAAGACAUUCUGAUGCUGCAUCUAUUUAUGCACCUGAAAUUUCAGAUUCCCAAGGCUCCAUAUCAGAUGAUGAGCUUGUGGAAAGAGUUACAGAGCUGGCAGUGCUAGUGCAAAAUUCUUUAGACAUUUUGACUGAUAAGGACAGCCUCCAGGAAGCAAUGUCCAAGUUCCCAGGUUCCCCAUGCUCUGGUUUGGUGUUUGUAUCUAAGAACAUGAGGAAGGUCGUUGAAGUAAUUUUUGACGUUCUGAUAGGAGAUGUGAGAUCUCUCAAAACCAGGAGGAAUAGUUUUGAGAUAGAUUAUACUCUGCUUGGGAAAGGACAAACGCGUGAGACAAGGUUUGUUCUCGGUAAAGUCAUCCUUGAUACGAUAGCUCCUGGGGUCAUUCCAGGCAGUGAAGUGAUCAAACAUACCCUGGUUAAAAUUGAUGCUCAAUUGAGUAAAAAUGCUCCGAAGGAAAAUAUGGGUGGAAAUGUGAAGUUCAAGAAAAGGAAGUUCGUGUGUGAAGAUGAUAAUCAGCCCAAUGCAAGUUCUGAAAUUAAACAUAAUAGAGAUGAGAAGCUGAACACGGUUAUUGCCAAGCAAUCAAAGGAGAAGGCUGUUGAGAAGCAUGAUAAUGAAUCUCUUAGUCAGAAACUGGAUAACGGGGAUGCAGUAACUAAGAAAAAAAGUAAGGUUGAGCAGAGUGAAUUGCUGCAGAAUGGAACAAGAACUGAAAUUAAACAUAAUAGAGAUGAGAAGCGGAACACGGUUAUUGCCAAGCAAUCCAAGGAGAAGGCUGUCGAGAAGCAUGAUAAUGAAUCUCUUAGUCAGAAACUGGAUAACGGGGAUGCAUUAACUAAGAAAAAAAAUAAGGGUGAGCAGAGUGAAUUGCCACAGAAUGGAACAAGAAUGGUGCUUGAAGCAGUGAAGCAUCCAAUGCCGUCUCACAAAAAAGAGCAAAAGGGAGGCAAUAAAUAUCAGCAGACUUCGGCAAACCAUUUGAAACUUAUACACAAUGUUGACAAUGGUGCGACUACCAAGCAGCACAAGCUGAAAGAGAAGCGUGAUUCCUCACAAGAACAGAAGGAGGAAAAGAGUGAGUCGUUACAUAGCAGAAAACAUUAUUUGAAGGGAGGUAAGUUGGCUUCGGAUGAGAAGAGUAAACCAAAAGCUGGAAACCAAACACUUUCAGAUCUUUUCAGGAGGUGAGUUUAACUGUAUCUUGUAAAAUCAUAUCCUCUUCAAAAAAGGAGCAAGAGCUGUGUCUUACCAUGUUUAAC